CCCUGAAGCACCUACGGUAAUAAUGUCGCUCAGUGACCUAGUAUUAAAUAAAGCGACGGUUAUGUAGAUAGGAGGUAGCGGCGGAUUAUAGCAUCGACUUUACCGUUUUGAAUACUCCCGGCACAUUCAGCAAGACUUGACAACGUCGAACAUUCCCUGAAGACGUAAAUCAUUCACCCUCCAGUGGAUGUUUGUUUGAAUAAUUUCCCGGAUCAUGCUGAAAUCAGAAGGAAAACGCAUAGCAGAAAAUCAUCAUCAUUCGCCUUGAGCAGCGCUGCAGUGCGAUCACUCUCUGCCUCUCUCUCUCUCUUUCUCUCCUAUUGGAUUUCAACAACAGAUCGAUCCACAAUACCACACCGCAUUGGGUUAUAACCGGGUUAUUCUCUCUUGUCGCGGUUUAGUGGAACAGUUUAGUAUAACGGACGUUACUGGUUAACAGGGGGACUGACUUACAGUUAAACUGGGAUGGACAAUGCCCAUACAAAGACGGUUGAGGAGGUGCUGGGAUAUUUCAGUGUCAAUGAGACAACAGGGCUGAGCUCUGAGCAACUGAGGAAAAGCAGGGAAAGAUGGGGCCCCAAUGAGUUACCCGCAGAAGAAGGGAAAUCACUAUGGGAACUCGUUCUGGAGCAGUUUGAGGAUCUGCUAGUUCGGAUUCUCCUCCUUGCAGCCUGUAUUUCCUUUACUCUGGCCUGGUUUGAGGAAGGUGAAGGAACCAUCACAGCCUUCGUAGAGCCAUUUGUCAUUCUCCUUAUUCUUAUUGCCAACGCCAUUGUAGGAGUGUGGCAGGAGCGUAAUGCAGAAAAUGCCAUUGAAGCCCUAAAACAGUAUGAGCCGGAGAUGGGGAAGGUGUACAGACAGGACAGGAAGAGUGUACAGAGGGUCCGAGCUCGAGAUAUUGUGCCUGGAGACAUUGUGGAGGUGGCUGUUGGCGACAAAGUCCCAGCAGACAUCCGACUGACCUCCAUCCGCUCUACUACUCUGAGAGUGGACCAGUCCAUCCUGACAGGGGAGUCUGUAUCCGUCCUAAAACACACAGACCCAGUGCCUGACCCUCGUGCCGUCAACCAGGACAAGAAGAACAUGCUCUUCUCUGGGACGAAUAUUGCAGCCGGGCGAGCGAUAGGUGUUGUAGUGGCCACAGGCGUGCACACAGAAAUUGGGAAGAUCAGAGAUGAGAUGGCAGCCACAGAUCCGGAGAGGACUCCUUUGCAGCAGAAACUAGACCAGUUUGGAGAACAGCUCUCUAUGGUGAUCACGGUGAUCUGUGUGGCGGUGUGGGGAAUAAACAUCGGCCACUUCAAUGACCCGGUGCAUGGAGGCAGCUGGCUGCGUGGAGCUGUGUAUUACUUUAAGAUCGCCGUGGCACUGGCUGUUGCUGCUAUUCCUGAGGGUCUUCCUGCCGUCAUCACCACAUGCCUGGCACUUGGCACACGUCGCAUGGCCCGCAAAAAUGCUAUAGUUCGCUCGCUCCCAUCUGUAGAGACACUCGGCUGCACCUCCGUCAUCUGCUCCGACAAAACAGGCACUCUAACCACCAACCAGAUGUCCGUCUGCAGGAUGUUUAUUGUGGACAUGGUCGCAGGUGAGAGGUGUUUACUGAACGAGUUUACAGUAACUGGAUCUACUUACGCUCCUGAAGGAGACGUGAGUAAGGACGGUGUUCAGGUGUGCUGCAGUCAGUAUGAAGGGCUGGUGGAAAUGGCCUCUAUCUGUGCGCUGUGUAACGACUCUUCCCUGGACUACAAUGAGAGUAAAGGAGUGUUCGAAAAAGUGGGUGAAGCGACUGAGACGGCUCUCUGCUGUCUGGUGGAGAAGAUGAACGUGUUUGACACAGACCUGAGAGGCCUGACGUCUGCUGAGAGAGCAACUGCCUGCUGUUCAGUCAUAAAGCAGUUAAUGAGGAAAGAGCUGACGCUGGAAUUUUCUCGGGACAGGAAAUCCAUGUCUGUUUUCUGCUCUCCAAACAAACUCACUCGCUCUGCUUCAGGUGCCAAGAUGUUUGUCAAGGGAGCACCAGAGAGUGUGCUGGAGCGUUGCCGCUGGAUACGGGUCAGUGGCGGUACACGGGUGCCACUGAGCUCCGACCUGAGGGAGCAGCUCUUGAACACUGUUAGAGAAUGGGGCUCGGGGCGCGAUACUCUUCGCUGCCUUGCUAUGGCCACCAGGGACUCUCCUCCAGACCCUCGAACCCUGAACUUAGAGAACUCUGCAGCCUUCUCUGAAUAUGAGUCGGACUUGACAUUCGUGGGCUGUGUGGGAAUGUUAGAUCCACCCAGGAAAGAGGUGCUGAACGCGGUGCGAAUGUGCAGACAGGCUGGCAUACGGGUCAUUAUGAUCACAGGCGACAAUAAGGGGACUGCCCUGUCUAUCUGUCGUCAAGUGGGCAUCAUCACCGAGCAGGAGGAAGAGGAGGCUGAAGGUGGGCUCUAUGGCAGUGGCCUCACAGGACGAGAGUUUGAUGAGCUUCCUCCUCACCUGCAGCGUCAGGCCUGCCGCACUGCCCGCUGCUUCGCCCGCGUCGAGCCAACACACAAGAGCCGCAUUGUAGAAUAUCUCCAAAGCCUCAGUGACAUCACAGCUAUGACUGGUGAUGGUGUGAAUGAUGCCCCUGCUCUGAAGAAGGCUGAGAUUGGCAUCGCUAUGGGCUCAGGCACGGCUGUGGCUAAAUCUGCUUCAGAGAUGAUCUUGGCAGAUGAUAACUUCUCCACCAUUGUGGCCGCAGUGGAGGAAGGCAGAGCCAUUUACAACAACAUGAAACAGUUCAUUCGUUACCUCAUUUCUUCUAACAUCGGAGAGGUGGUCUGUAUUUUUCUCACUGCUGCUUUGGGAAUGCCUGAGGCUCUGAUCCCAGUCCAGCUGCUGUGGGUCAAUCUGGUGACUGACGGCUUCCCAGCUACUGCUCUCGGCUUCAACCCUCCUGACCUGGACAUCAUGUCUCGUCCUCCACGCUCCCCCAGAGAACCUCUCAUCUCUAGCUGGCUGUUCUGCAGAUACCUCAUCAUUGGCUGUUAUGUCGGUGCAGCAACAGUUGGAGCUGCAGCCUGGUGGUUUAUGGCAGCUCACGAUGGACCAAAGCUCACUUUCUACCAACUGUCUCACUAUCUGCAGUGCAGUGAAGGUCAUGCUGAGUUUGCAGGAGUGCAGUGCUCAGUGUUUGAGUCUCCGUAUCCCAUGACUAUGGCGCUGUCUGUGCUGGUCACUAUAGAGAUGUGCAACGCCCUCAACAGUUUGUCUGAAAAUCAGUCUCUGCUGAAGAUGCCGCCGUGGUCGAACCCGUGGCUGGUGGGUGCCAUCUGUCUCUCCAUGGCCCUACACUUCCUCAUCCUAUAUGUGGACCCUCUUCCUGUCAUAUUUCAGAUCCGACCGCUGUCUUGGCCUCAAUGGGUGGUUGUCCUGAAGAUGUCUCUGCCCGUGAUUUUGAUGGAUGAAGCCCUGAAGUUCUUGGCAAGGAACUACAUUGAGCCUGGCAAUGACCUGCAGCUGGAUGAGGACAGCGGUCCCGCUGGAGGGGUCCUCGGCAAACUGCAAAGUGCAUUUAGAGGCAUUUCGUGGUCGUUCGUCCUCAUCUCCGCCCCGUUGCUGGUCUGGAUCUUCAGCCUGGACUCAGACAUUACUAACAUCUUCUGGGAUUAGAAGGAAAAAGUGUGUGUAUGUGUGUGUGAGUAUGUUUGUAAGUGUGAGUUUGUCUUAGUCAGAAGAAAAAAAGAGGCAGAAGCAGUGAACCGAUUUGGUCGCAGAGUUUAGGACAAGGACAAUCACAGAUAAGGAAUGCUGGGGAAAGUUAGGGACCGACGGUGGGCAAACUAUAAAUUAGUCAUUAAAAAAACAGCAUGAGCGAUUACAUCAGCCUUCCUCAUGUGUGUCCCUGGUUUUGCAUUUCUUUUUUAUUAUUUAUUUAUUUUUUUUUAAAUACGUUGGAAUUACACAAUCAUCCGCAUUGGUUUUAGCCUGGAUGUUUAAUAACUGUAAUUUUAUGGUUUUGUUGUUGUUUUUUUAACAUGGAGUUUCUGUAUUACGAUCAACACAUUAGUUAUCAUCUAUAGGGACUUUGUUUGAUGAUGGCGUUGACACAGAAAUGACUCUUUCUGUAAGCAAAUAUAGCUGUGAUACCCCAAAGGCAUUACAGAGGCUAAUUUUUCGUGAUACACGACUUUUUUUUUUACCACACACGGCCACAUAUUUCAUUCUUUUUAUGUAUUUUUUCUUUGUUAGAAGGCCCUAAAAUAUUUUAGAUAAACGUUUAAGGGUUAUUUUACCGCAGUUGAUUUGUUUAAUAGAACUUCACUGGUGUUUGGGGUAAAGUGCACACAUAGCAGUAGUCAGUUGUCACAUACAUUAUCAGGCUUUUUCUAUUUAUUAUUUUGAUACUCGAACUAUUAAGUUGGUCAUUUACAGUUAUGGUGAGCGUCGUAUCCGGAGCACUUUGCCAUUAAUGAAGACGGUCACUACUUAGCAAUACGUCAAACAAGCAAAAUACUAUGACUUUAUUUGGGUGUGCAAGCUUAAUUCCGACUAGCAUGUGCCGUCACCUAAUUCUUUGCCAUUUUUUACGAGGUUGAGGUUUUAAAUCGGUAACGUUCGCGUUGAAUCAUUACUUUCGAUAUCACAAAAAUGAGUUUUCUGAAAUAUUUUCAACGUGACUGCUAUUGUGCCUGUGUAGCGGGUAAUUCAGUUUUCUGCCUUUGUGCUUUUUUAGCUGUGAAUUCAAUAAGCUAAUAGUCAACAGGGGCCAUUUAUUGCUUAUUAAAGAGUGAAGUUCACCCAAAAAUAAACAUUCUGCUAUUAAUUACUCACCCUCACGUCAUUCAUUCAGGUCUUGCAGGUUUGGAACAGCAUGAAGAUGAGUAAUUAAGAAAAUAAUUACUUUUUGUUUUAUUUUUAUUUUUUGGAUGAAUUAAGCCCAAAGACCAAACACCAUAUGAAGACCAAACACCAUAUUAUAAGAUGUGAUGAAAUGGAUCCUGAAAAAAUCAGCUUUUUUAAUAGUUUAGGGGUUAAAAUGAGGAUCAAUAAGAAAUAUGGGGUGAUUAAGUAAAAUUUCUAGCUGCGGUCAAGUUCUGAGAGAGAAGGGAAAUGUUCAUAACCUCUUAAUUUUCUGUCUUUACCCUCUUGGUCAUUGAUUUCCUCGUCUUAUUUUCAUGUUUGCUUAUAUUCCCCCAAAAGGAGCUUUAUAAACGAACGAUAAUCAAUUUGUGUCAUUUUUAGAUGAUAUUUAUGUCCCGUUUCUUGAACAUAACACAUUUUGUAGUUUUGUUUUGUUCUGUCGAAACCAGAAUUGUCAUUAAAUUUCCUUAACAGGGAAACGGAAACUGCUUCAUGAAAUGGGAAAAUAAACUUGAUUUAAAAUUCA